AUGGAUGCAGUUGGGAAUGACCGCCAGUUCCAUUUUUAUUCCCCCUACGCACAGCAAAAGUACCACAACGUCUCUUGUUUCUGGGAAAAACAACCUCUAGGAUGUCUGAGGAUCACUUGUGCCUUCCAUCAUAGCAAACCCCGUUAUAUAAAUGGACUUUUUUUGCCACCUAGUAACAAUGCCCCAUUGCAACAUGGUAUCGGAGAAGGGAUUCCGCAUCCAGCCCAUUGUCAAGAAUCACUCAGAAAUCAACAGAAUAUUUUACUACCAAUUCACCCUCCACUGAUUAUAAACCUCAAUGAUGAAGAGGAGGAAGAGGAUGAUGAAGAGGACGAUGAAGAGGAAGAGAAUGAUGUUCCUAAUUGGGUGCCUAGGACUGCUGCAGAUAUUGAAGAGGAAAGAGCAAUAAAGGAAAUAUGCUAUAAAUCUGGAGAGUAUUACAGGAUUCAGUAUCCUCAUGAGCACCAAUCAACAAAAACUCCGUCUUCACCUUGGGAAAAUAAGCUGUUACCCUCGGAAGCUACCAAGCGAGACCUGCAGAAAGGUGAUGGUAAUACAAUUCCUACAAAAUUUAAUAAUACAAAAAGAGAAGAAGAGAGUUCAGGAAGGAGAGUACCAAUAGAGAGUGUUCCCAGAAGAGAUUGCAGAUCCUUUGAAAAUCGAGGUGAUGGUAAUACAAUUCCUACAAAAUUUAAUAAUACAAAAAGAGAAGAAGAGAGUUCAGGAAGGAGAGUACCAAUAGAGAGUGUUCCCAGAAGAGAUUGCAGAUCCUUUGAAAAUCGAGGUGAUGGUAAUACAAUUCCUACAAAAUUUAAUAAUACAAAAAGAGAAGAAGAGAGUUCAGGAAGGAGAGUACCAAUAGAGAGUGUUCCCAGAAGAGAUUGCAGAUCCUUUGAAAAUCGAGGAAUUCACACUUCAAACCCCGAAGUAAAACAAAGUUACCAACAAAGGGGUCAAAGGAAGGAUGACGAAACUCCUUCUUCUAGUCACUAUGCAAGGCAAACUGGAAGAAAGACUUAUUUCAAUUCUUCAGAGCCUCGAAGAUCAGCAUAUGUAGUCUACCGUACAGUCUCUGUCAGUCAAGAACCAAAGUUCAGUGGACCUACAGCAGUACCUGAGCCCCAUGGUUGGAAAUGCUCCAAACAAAAGAAUCAGCUUGACUCAAAUAGAAGACUUUGGACCCAAAUGGAAAACUACGACAAAUAUACGUCAGGAUCUUAUAAUGCACCGACUUGGAGGAAAAGAAAUCCACAUGCAAAAACGUUCUCUAAGUUCAAAACAAGCAUUCAGCAGAGCCAAGAAGACAUGGAUGUCAAUAGAAAAGGAGAACGAUAUAUAGACAGGAGAAAGAGAUGAAGCCAUUACUUCUAUAUGCAAGAAUAAUCU